AUGAGAGUGCUACUGAUUAAUGAAGGCUCAUUGAGUGAUAUGGAGGUGCUCGAGCUUAUGCAAGAGCGUAAGGAACAACGUUUACAUAAACCAGCUAUGGUCGAAUAUGCCGAGCGUAAUUGGAUGGAUCAUAAGGUGCUCAAGUUCCUGACACAGAGCCACUCGCACUGCUCGACAUUAAGUGCCAAUUGUAUUCAGAAUUUUCUCAAAGAGCUCGCCCACUCGAAUCUCUUGGCACUCUCAUCAGCCGAAAAACUGCAGUUUAUCAACCACAUUCCUAUGGAACUCGUGGAUAUUCAUUUGAUUCUUGACGACUGUGCUGGACGCUUCUCUGAGACGCAAGUGGAUGAGCUCAUCCGGAUUGUUGAGCGCACGCUUGGAGCGGAGCUGAUAAAACGACGACGACAUGCUGCUGAGACUGCACAGACUCAAGACACAGUUGAAGAGGCAGAGAAGUAG